ACAAGAAGUGUUCUUCCUCUGUACACAACUCUGUUCUUAGUUUUGAGUACCACUCUUUUACCUUAUAUACAUCAAAAGAGACAAAAAAAAAAUGGAAGGAGAUGGGUGUUGUGUGAGUUUUUUUCAGAGGUGCAAGCCUUACAUAGCUAUGAUUUCUCUGCAAUUCGGGUACGCUGGUAUGAACAUAAUCACAAAGGUCUCCCUCAGCCGUGGGAUGAGCCACUAUGUGCUUGUGGUUUAUAGGCAUGCCUUUGCUACAGCAGCUAUUGCUCCCUUUGCUCUUGUUCUUGAAAGGAAAGUUAGACCCAAGAUUACAUUUCUUGUGUUCAUGCAAAUGUUCGUGUUGGGUCUUCUUGGGCCUGUGAUUGAUCAGAACUUAUACUACAUGGGGUUGAAAUUUACUUCCCCAUCCUAUUCAUGUGCUAUAAGCAACAUGCUCCCUGCUAUGACAUUCGUGAUGGCAGUUUUUUGCAGGAUGGAGAAGGUGGAUAUAAGAAAAGUAAGAUGCCAAGCAAAGGUGAUUGGAACAAUAGUUACAGUUGCUGGGGCCAUGUUAAUGACAUUGUACAAGGGGCAAGUCAUCAAUUUCUUGGGGUCUCAGUACAUGCAUCAUCCAAGAAACUAUGUACCUGAAAACACCACCGAUUCCGCUGAAACGGAUUGGGUUAAGGGUUCUAUUCUUCUCAUAAUUGCUACCCUUGCUUGGGCUUCUUUCUUCAUCCUUCAGGCAGUGACAUUAAGAAGAUACUCUGCUCAGCUCUCUCUCACAACAAUAGUGUGUUUCUUAGGCACACUUCAGUCAAUUGCAGUUACCUUUGUCAUGGAACACAGGCCUUCUGCUUGGACCAUUGGUUGGGAUAUGAACCUGCUUGCUGCAGCUUAUGCUGGUAUAGUUUCAUCGGGUAUUGCUUACUAUGUUCAAGGGAUUGUAAUGCAAAAAAGAGGGCCAGUUUUUGUCACUGCUUUUAGCCCUUUGAUGAUGAUCGUUGUAGCAAUCAUGGGCUCUUUCAUCCUUGCAGAAAAAAUAUACCUUGGAGGAGUCAUUGGAGCUAUUCUUAUCGUAAUGGGACUUUACUCGGUUCUAUGGGGCAAAUACAAGGAGCACAAAGAGAAAAUAGCAGAGGCAACCACUGAGGCAAUCAAGUGCUGUACAGAAAAUGUAAUAAUAAUCCAAACUGUGAUUGAAGAUGCUGAAACUAACGACGUUGAGAUGCAAAAGGGUGAAGCUUCCAAAGAGUUAAGGGUAGCCAUUAAUGUAGAAAAAGCUUAAACCAGUAGAGAAUAGAUAGGGCUGAAAUAACAGAUUGGGCUGCAAUGAAAAAGGGUUACGGAGAGAAGAGAAAUUGAGAGAGGGGUUUUGUGUACCUCGAUCCUCAUCCUCACUAUCUUUCUUGGAAAUAUUAAGCUAAAUCUUUUUUCGUUGUUUCAUUAGGACAAUUAGUG